AUGUUUGCCACAAAGAAGCGACGUGAAGACUACACGGUGGGUUGGGUGAGCGCACUGCCUCUGGAGAUGGCUGCUGCGGUCGCUAUGCUGGACGAGCGACACGAUCCUUUGCAAUCAGUGGCCGGGGACGACAACGUUUACCAGCUCGGGCAGAUGUGCGGCCAUAACGUUGUUAUCGUUUGCUUGCCCUCGGGCGUCUACGGCACCACCUCGGCGGCUGCGGUCGCGUCCAACAUGCGCAGGUCGUUCCCAAACAUCGUGUACGGCUUGAUGGUGGGAAUUGCUGGCGGAGCUCCACAAAAAGGAGUUGAUAUUCGGUUGGGAGAUAUUGUGGUCGGUCAUCCCACAGGCACUGAAGGCGGCGUCGUGCAAUAUGACUAUGGGAAGAUUUUGUCAGGGGGGAAAGCGCAACGUACCGGGAUGUUGAACAAGCCGCCACCGCGUCUACUGACGGCUGUCGCGACUCUGAGGGCAAAGCAUGCGCAGGGGGAGAGCCAGGUUCAAACAUUCCUGGAGGACCUCAUUGUAAGAAACCCGACUAUGACUCGAUUUAGUCACCCGGGGCCUGCCAAGGAUAGGCUUUUUCAGCCAACGUACGAACAUACAGGCGCAUCAGCAACCUGUUCCGAAUGUAAGAGCGACGAACUGGUUGUGCGACACGAACGGCCUCUCCACCACCCAGCGGUGGUCCAUUACGGCCUGAUUGCAUCGGGGAAUCGAGUUAUCAAAGAUGGUCCCACCAGAGACAAGCUGGCUGAGGAUUUAGGGGUUUAUUGUUUUGAAAUGGAAGCUGCGGGGCUGGUGGACCACUUUCCUUGCCUGACAAUCCGUGGGAUCUGUGACUAUUGUGAUUCUCACAAGAACAAGGAAUGGCAAGAACACGCCGCCGCAGCCGCAGCGGCAUACGCAAAAGACCUUUUAUCCGUUCUGCCCGACACAAUACACACGCAUGAUGCUGAGUUCAAGGUCAACUUUGACUUGGGAACUGUGCCGGUCAUUGCCAAAUUCGUGGGGCGCAGAAAGGAUCUGGAAAAAUUAUGGUCGCUGCUACAGCCCCAAAGUCCGAGUUGGAGAAAGGUCGUCGUUAUGCAUGGACUAGGCGGCAUCGGGAAGACGCAACUGGCGCUUCACUUUGCUCGGACGCACAAGGAGGACUAUACCGCGAUCUUUUGGCUUGAUGCGAAGGAUAAGGAAACCCUAUCCCAAUCAUUCGCAACGACCGUUCGGCCACGGUGCCCUGGACUCCAGGCGAGAGAUUAUCCCACGACUGAUGAAGAAAUAAAAGAACAUGCGUUGGAGGCACAGACGUGGCUCGCGAAAGAAGGCAACUCCCGCUGGUUGCUUGUAUUUGACGGGGUUGAGGAGAAGGACGGCGGCUACAACGUACAAGAUUUCUUCCCUCGGGCGGAUCACGGGUCAAUCCUUCUCUGCACCCGAGCCUCCAAUAUGAGAACCUUGGGAACCGAGUUUCGGCUGGGUAAGCUAGAGAAUGAUGAUUCCUUACGAAUACUAGCUGGGACAUCUGACCUGGGCAUUGAAAGCAAAGGUGGGAUCAUCUAUGACACCCUUACAUCCGCUGAUCCAGCUAACAAAGGAUCACGCCCAGACUCAUACUCGGAGUUGGUAGAGCUCUCCCGCCGCCUCGAUGGCCUUCCAUUGGCGUUGGUUCUUGCCAGGUCCUACAUGGAAGAGACUGGCACAAGCCCACAUGACUAUCUGGAGAUGUACUCCCAGUCGUGGCGCGAUCUUCAGGAAAAGACAGAAUGGAUACAAGAUUGUUCGAGUGGAAACUUGAUGACAACAUGGAAACUCGCUCUCGAUGAGAUCCAGCAGAAAGAGCCUUCAGCAGCUUGUCUAUUUCUGCUCCUAUCCUGCUAUAACCACCACGACAUAUGGUACGAGCUUUUGCAAAAUGGUCAGCGUGCCGAUCAAGACAUCCCGUCUUGGCUUAAAGAUAUUUCAUCAAGCCGCUUCGAAUUUGCUCGAUGCAUGAAGGCGCUUCUGCAAUUCUCCCUUGUCGAAUCGAGUGAUGCGGGAAAUAGCUACUCACUGCACCCUGUGGUACAUGAUUGGUGCAGGGAUUACUUACUCCAGAAGAGCGAGAUUUCGCUUGUGUCCAUCGCACUGGUUUCUGUUGGCUUCUCUGUCCCAGCCGAUAAUGACGCCAGUACUUGGGCUCUGCAGAAGCGAUUACUACCUCAUGCCGAUCAGCUCUUCCGGCUGCUUGAUGGAAAGUCCGGAGUGGCUCUGUCAUCUAUGACUCUCACUGCAACUCGCCAAAUAGGGAAUCUCUACCUCUACUGUGGCAAGUAUGAUCAGGCCGAAUGUAUGUACAAGAAAGCUCUCGACGGGUACGCAACAGUUGGCGCAUCUGACUCCUCUGCCUUGAAUGCACUUGACAACCUUGGGUUGGUGUAUUCCGCGCAAGGGAGGUUUUCGGAUGCAGAAGUAGCCCACUUUGAGGUUCUACGACAAAGGGAGGAGGAACUGGGGCCCAAUAACCCGUCCACUCUUACUACGAUCCAUCAUUUAGGCGCGCUAUAUGCAGCACAGGGCAAGCUGGAAGAAGCCAUCGCCAAGUUUCUGCAGGCAUUAGACGGGAGGAGGAGGGUACUGGGCGUGAGCCAUACCUCCACCAUGGAUACCAUGAAUAAGCUGGCGAACGUUUAUCUAGAUUUGGGCAACUUGCUGAAGGCACAGGAACUCUAUGAAAACGUCCUAAGCAGUUACUCCCCCCGUGGCCUUCAUUCAAGCCUCGCAAUCACUGACACGAUGAAUAACCUUGGGCUAGUAUAUCUGAAACAGGGAGACUUUGCCAAGGCUGAAAAAAGAUACCUAAAAAUCCUCGAGGAUUUGGAACAGCUGGCCCCCGACCACUCAGCAACCUUUAAUGCCAUUGACAAUCUGGGGCUUCUUUAUUCUAACCAGGGAAAAUAUGAAGAAGCAGAAAAGAAGUUCCUAUACUCUUUAGCAGGCCGGCAGCGAUCACUGGGCACGAAUCAUGCGUCUGUAUUCCGGACUAUGGACAUGCUAGGGACUGUGUACAUGAUGCAGGGUCGAUUAGGGGAUGCUGAAAGAACAUACUCCAAGGCACUGGAAGGGGCAAGGGAACUGUCUGGACUCUAUCCUACACUUUCGCUGGAUAUUGUGAACAACUUGGGGAACUUGCACUUUACUCUAGGAAAGUACGGCGAUGCUGAAGGGUGCUUUCUCGAAGCGAAAAAUGGGUAUGAACGAGUGGCUGGCCGCAAUCAUACUUCAACUCUUGAUGUUGUUGUGAAUUUAGGCACUGUCUAUAGAGCACAGGGCAAGUAUAGGGAGGCGGAGUCAAUGUACACCAGAGCUGCGGACGGUUACAGAGCUACGUCGUCUUCUACGCCUACGUCAACUAUUGACGUAAUGAACAACCUCGGUAUUUUGCACUUUGAACAGGGGAGGUUUUUCGAAGCGGAAAAGACUUUACGCCAGGCUACAAGUACCGCCAGGCACUUGUUGGGCCGUGAUCACCCUUCUACCCUUGAGACACUCCACAAUCUCGGCUUUGCCCUCAUCCAUCAGGGGAAGUUCGAAGAAGCCGAUGAUAGGCUUUCUGCCGCGUUGGAGGGAAGAAGGAGGACUGUAGGGUACGAUCAUCAAUUCACUCUGGAUACAUUAAACAACAUGGGCUGUCUCCGGAGACACCAAGGGCGAUUCUCCGAAGCGGAGGAGAUGCACCAGACGUCUCUUCAGGGGCUCACACAAGCCCUUGGCCCGGACCAUACUUUGCCUCUUGAGGCGACUCAUAAUCUCGGAGUUCUAUACUAUCAGAUGGGCAGAAUGCAGGACGCGGCAAGAAUGUGUCGAGAGGCACUAUCGGGACUAGAACAUACCCUGGGUCCCAGUCACAUCAGUACGAUGGAAUCCCUUCUUUGCCUGGCAAAUGUGCUUCGUGAGCAGGGUGACAUAGAAGGGGCAACGCAGAGCUAUACACGGGUCAUAACAACCGUGGAAGAGACAUUAGCUCCCAACCACCCUUUUAUAUCCCGCGCACUAGGUGAAUAUGCGAAACUCUUGGGCCAGGAGGGGAAGAUUGAUGAGGCGGAGCGAGUAUAUACCAAUGCUCUACGGGGCUUAGAGCUGUCUCUUGGCUCAGAGCAUAUAUACGCGAUUCGAAUCGAGGCUCGAAUGGCAGAACUCUAUGAAACGCGUGGAAGCCUGAAGAGAGCCAAAACAGCCUAUUCCAGGGCGCACCAGGCUUACAGACGUGCGCUCGGGCCAGGCCACAGAGAUACGAUGGAUAUGGCUGAUAGGGUGAACUUUCUUUCAACACGGAUCUCUCAGGUGCAAUAUCAGAACGUGGUUGUGCUCGCUUCCAUACCAAUUCUAAUCACCAUUGCAAUGUGGGUUGGUCGGGCGUUACGGAGACGUUAG